GGUUGCGCAACCCCCUAUCGUGCGCAUCCCCAGCCAGAUCUCGGGUUCCAAUCGCGAAGGCAUGUCGAAGGCUCGUGUCUACACCGAUGUCAACGUUCUUCGCCCCAAAGAGUACUGGGACUACGAGUCUCUCACCGUUCAAUGGGGUGAUCAAGAUGAUUAUGAGGUUGUGCGGAAAGUGGGAAGGGGGAAGUAUAGUGAGGUUUUUGAAGGCAUAAAUGUUAAUAGCAAUGAGCGCUGUAUAAUCAAGAUUCUCAAGCCUGUCAAGAAAAAGAAGGUGAAAUUUUGUUUUUACAUUGAUGUUUGUUUUCAACCUUUGGGACCUAGACUAUGAAAUAUGGAUAAAGCC